AUGGCUAAUCUCCUUUUUUUGGUGCUUACUACAUUUCAGGGUGCCCACCAUUCCUCGAACGUCCAUCAAUCGAAGGAAUGGGUUGCUGGCCCGAAUGGUUAUUUGUACCAAUUCCAUGCUGGUGAUCAGAGUUGGCUCGCAGCUAGGGAGUUUUGCCUUUCUCAAAACUCCGAUCUUGUUGUUCUGAGAGAUGCAGAACAGAUUGAUUGGCUCCUUAGCCACUACGCCCCAACGUAUGCUCGAUUUGCUGAGCGUUAUAUUCAGGUAGGCCUAAUGAUCCCUGAUGGGCCAAGUCGUGACUGGAUGUACUUAGACGGCUCCAAAUACAACCAAUCAGUGAUCUCUUGGAUGUCUGGUGAACCAUUCGAUCACUCGACUGAUGGGCUAGAAAGAUGUGCUCUGCUACGGAUACACGCUCGCGUACUGGACGACGUGGACUGUGAGGCGACUACGCGCAACCAGAUGCCCGUCCGGUUCAUCUGCGAACGAAGCAGCAAGCGGCACAAGCAGCAACAACUGUCGAAGAACUUCCUAUGGGGGAAAUUGGAGCAAAUAUUCGAACUUCUCGGAUUCGGAUCCACAACCCCUGCAAAAAAGGUCAACACCACUGAUGCGAAUGGAGAGGACUACGUCGAAGAGGAGACGACUGAACCGUCAAAGAUUGAGGAGAGCACGAAUGAGGUGUCAACGACAUCGGAAAGCUCGAGUGAGAGGCUGGAAAAGGAGACGUCAACAAGUGCCACCCCAGUUCGGGCUCAUGCAGUGCCUCUCCGAGAGAUCCCUGAAACAGAGGGCAGUGGGACCACAGUAGAAGAGAAUCAUAUAGAGAAGGUAAGCAUCAGGAAGGGUCAGCCGUACAAAUUUGUUCGCAUCCAAAAUAGAGCGUUUCAGCCUACGACGGACAUCAAGCCCCCAGGUGACGAUGACUGUGAUGAAGAGGGAAGCGGAGCGACGACACAGUCGAACGUCAUCGACACAGAAGAUGUUGACGACCUCAGCCAGAAGCCGAAAAUUCCAGUUGGUAAAGAGCAGCACAUAGAGGACUUCUUACGAACUCUGCGCACUUUCCUUAGUCGUGCCCAACACAGUGAUUUAAGGAAACUGCUCGAUAAUGACCCUGACAAGAGUCUGCUGGAAAAGAUGAAGCUCGCCAUCUCGGCGGCAAACGACCGUGAGUACGCAAGACUCAGAGAGUUGGCGCUCAUGAAAAAGCACGGGGUUGAUAUCUCCAAUGUGCGUAUCAAACGAACUUUGCCCAAAAAGAUGCGUGAAUCUGAGCGAGAGGAUUUGUUCAAGAAAAUAAGUGGUGUCGUGAUGGAGGAGGCCGAGAAGAAUGAACUUGAAGCAGCCACUGAGCCAUCAGCUAGAACAACAACACAGGAGAAAUCUGGAUCAACAACCACGGCAGAGGAACAUGAACUAGAACAUGAGAAUAGCCUAGAGAGCGGAACUGUAAAGUCCCCCAUUUCGGCAGAACAUGAUAAUAGUAGCGAUGGAAGCGACAAGGGCAACGGCCAAAGUGAGGAGAGCACAACUGCCAAGCAUGAAGAGCCAAAAGAAGAGAAGCCAAAGGAAGACAAGGCAAACGACGAUCAAGAUAAGGAACUUACUACAACUUCUGCUCCUCCCGUAACGGUUGAAGAUGAUGAUGCAGUUGAAGUUGGCACAGAAAAGACGCCAGAAGCCAAGAAAGCUCAGCGGAAGGUUUCGAAAGAGGUCAAGGAAGAGGAAGAUUCCUCUGAAGAAGACAACCGUGAUAGCACGAAUCCCCUGGGACUGCCCACUCUCCCACCACCUCCGACGCUGGCACCAUUGCCUAGCCUCGAGACUGUGCUAGAGAACCUCGGGAUGCAAUGGAGAAAACUCUUCACACCGCCUAAAGUACUUUAA